GUAUAAUUGUGUUUUAUACAUUUUUUCGUGGUUGUAGUCAGUGGCGGAUGCAUAGUGGGUAAUGGGAGGUCACGUGACCUACCAUUGUUUUUAAUUUUUUUUUUUUUCAAAAUUUUUUUUAUUCAUAUACAUCAGUUGGAAUGUUGGAUACAGGGCAUCUUUUAUUUUAAAAAGCAGUGACACACCAUACUCCACACAGCACACCCUUUUCCUCCCUUUCCUCCCUGCUUCAAAUACCAAGCCUCUCGGACUGAUUUCUUCAUUCUAAAAUCUUCAAAUUCAUGAUAUGAUUCAUCUCCAAGAUUCUCCUCUAUUAUACUCAUGGUUUCAGAUUUUUUAAAAAUUGCAAUUAGAAGAAGAAAAAACAGAGACCUCAAGAUGUUCGAUAAAAUGUCACAGUGAAUAUUUGUUGGAUAUAGUUUGAUUUUAUCAGUUUUUGUUGCGUUAUUGAUUCCUACUUGGGUUUGAUUUGUUGUUGACGGAAUGAAAAGGUUAAGUACUCGUGAUAUCUCAAGCUUCUUUACCAAAAAACCAACUGCAGUGAAUGCUUUUCAAGGUCAAGAAAGUGAAGAAAAAGAAAUUCCAGAGACAGAAAUCAAUGUCGGACAGGCAACUCAACCAAGCCACCAGGAUUCUUCUCCGUCAGUCACUAUACCUCAAGGUCCUCAACUUGAUUUUGAUAUUGUUAGUCUUCCACAAGAUCCCGGCAAAAGAAAAAAAUUGAGUGAUUUUCAUCCCAAUGAGAGAGAUUUAGUGAGGAGAACGUACAUACAAAGAGGCCCUUGUCAACCAGAAGAUUAUGAAUUUCCUCAAACACUAUUCGGGACUAAGGAGCGUCGGUUUAAUGUGAAAUGGUUUGAUACUUGGCGGUCUUGGCUUGAAUACAGUGUCUCCAAGGAUGCUGCCUUUUGUUUUGUUUGUUAUUUAUUUAAGGCUGAGUAUACGGCUGGAGGUGAUGCUUUUGUCAACGAGGGUUUCAGGGCUUGGAAUAGAUUAAGCACAAUUAGAGAUCAUGUUGGCAAGCACACGAGUGCUCACAAUAAAGCUGUGGUUGCUAUGGAGUUGUUUAAGAAACAGAGGGGCAGCAUUAUCACUGCUUUUUCGAAACAAACAGAAGAGGUUAUGAGUGCAUAUAGAGUGCGACUGGAAGCAUCAAUUACAGCCAUUAGAUGGCUCUUGUUACAGGGGCUGCCAUUUCGUGGACACGAUGAAUCUGAAAAUUCCAUGAAUAAAGAUAUUAUCAAUGCUUGUGCAAAAGAGACGACUAAAGCAAUACUUGAGGAGCUGGAUGGUGGUUUUUUUGCAAUUCUUGCUGAUGAAUCUGCUGAUAUAUCUGAUAAGGAACAAAUGGCUCUUUGUUUGAGAUAUGUAAAUCGAAAGGGAGAAGUAUGUGAACGUUUCAUUGGUGUUGUGCACGUACCUAACACUACUUCAUUGAUGCUUUUAGCAGCUAUUGAGUCAUUGCUUAUGGAGUAUUCCCUCACUUUCUCUCAAGUUCGAGGUCAAGGUUACGACGGUGCGAGCAAUAUGCAAGGUGCGAUCAAUGGCCUUAAAACUUUAGUAUUAAAUGAAUGUCCUCAAGCAUACUUUGUACAUUGCUUUGCCCAUCAACUUCAAUUGACACAAGUUGCUAUUGCUAAAAGAAAUUCAGAUUGUGGUUGGCUCUUUGUUGAUGUACUUGCACCUCUUCUAAAUUUUGUGGGAGGUUCAUCUAAAAGAAAAGAAUUUCUUCGAGAAAAACAGGCUACCCGAGUUGUUGAAGCAUUAUCAUUAGGCGAACUUGAAUCGGGAAGUGGUUUAAAUCAAGAACGAGGCUUAGGUAGACCAUGUGAUACUCGUUGGGGCUCUCACUUUAAAACAAUAUUGAAUGUGCUUGAUUUAUAUCCUGUUAUACUUGAGUCACUGGAUGCUAUUGCAGAAGUUUCUGAUACACUAGACUCCAAUAAGGCACAAGAACUUGAAAAUAGAUUUCCCGAGGUCAGUAAGGAAUUAUUAACUUGCAUGUCUUGUUUCAAUCCUACAAAUCGAUUUGCUGCAUUUGAUAAAAGUAAAUUAGCACGGCUUGCCACAUUUUAUCCCAAUGAAUUUUCAAGUACCGAAUUGCUAUUCUUUGAGCAUUCACUUGAAAAUUUUAUCAGUUCUGUUAGAGAAGAUGAAAGAUUUUGGAAUUUGAAAACUCUUGGUGAACUUUCUAUGAAACUUGUUGAGACAGGAAAAUAUAUAACUCAUGAAAGUGUCUACUUGUUGUUGAAAUUGGUGUUGAUUCUUCCUGUUGCAACAGCAAGCGUUGAGAGAGUAUUUUCUGGAAUGACACAAGUGAAAGCAAAAUUGCGCAAUAGUAUGGGAGAUCAGAUGUUAAAUGAUUGCUUGCUUACUUAUCAAGAGAGAGAUUUGUUUUUGAAGGUGAAAAUAAAUGAUAUCGUAGAUAGGUAUCAAAACAUGAGAAGUCGUAGAGAACAAUUGUAAUUGUUUGAAACAUUUUUUUUAGUUAUUCUAUAAAUCAAGAUUUUUCUAAA